AUGAAUGAUUUAUUGAGAUGUCGCCAAGAAAUUGGAUACAAGAAGGAUUUUGUUUUAAAUAUAGAUGUUAAUACAAAGAAUGAAAACCUUGUAUACGAUUUAACUACGAAGCGACUGACAAAACAGGCAAACUAUUUCGAUUCUUAUAUUUCCGAGGAUUACCGUCAUUCUAUGGCCUUGUUGUCGAAGUGGGAACGAUUAGAUCAAAAUGUGGAAGUCGUGGUAAAGGAAUUACAAAACUUAGCGAAUGACAUGUUCACUACGAUGUCGCGACUUGUGAGUUUAGAUUAUAAAUACAGUCAGCAACAGAAGUAUGGUCGAUUUUUGUACUAUCUAUCCCCGCCCACAUGGCGCUUACACAACAGGGAAUUUGCCAGAUCUGUGGAAAUAGAAGCAAAGGGGUUCGAUUAUGGGGAUUCUCAGGACGACGACACAUUCACUGUAGUAUUUGACAAAUUACGCAACAUAUGUUUUGGAAAACCUGUUAAUCCUGUUCUAUAUUUUACUCGUCCCGAAGAUCUUAUCGAAGUUUUUGAUGCAAUGGAAAGUCAGCAGUUGCAUUACUUGACUCACGUGACACAUUUAACACCAUAUAUAAAAAAUUUAAAAGUAGGUUUCCAAAAUCUUAAAGACAUAAUUACCAUGGAAAGUACGUCAGUUUUGAAUUCAAUCAAAUUGUUUGAAAGUCAUUUAGAUUUUUAUGAAGCCAGAUGUACCCACUUAAAAAAUAAAUUCUAUAAUAUACUGCACGGCAUGUUUUACGAUUCAGUCGGGACUAUAGACGUUUUAAAACUGAAGCUACAUCUCGAAUUUUGCUUUGAAAAAGUUCUUCUACAGAAGCCAACGAAUAUGGAUAUAGUUUGUAUUGCAAAGCACAUUGAAAAAUUUUACAUGGACUAUUCGUAUCGGUUAGAUAACAUUCACAGUGAAACUGUGCGUCGAGCUAUCUCAAAAUACCAAGAAAAAGAAAAACAAAGAUUAUUAAGAGGUAAAAAAGCAACUAAGGAAUUGCGUCUUUUUAAUCGAUUAGAAAAACAAUUGCUUAAUGUUUAUGGAUUAGCAGACACAGACGUUAGGAAAAAAUCUGACAAUCUGCUUAAUAAAAGUAAAACUACUAAGACUCGUCCACAAUAUAACUCAACUGACAUCACCAAACCUGAAUCGUUGACAGAUGACGAAAUAGAAUAUUUAAAGCUAUUCACAGAUUAG